AUGGAGAACGUCAAGUGGGUGCUCCUGAGGAUCCUUUUUGACUUACUGUCAGUCAUCCCCAGUAAUGUUUACGGUUUCGAAAUAUUUUUGCAGUCAUAGCGGUAGCUGUUGCUGUCCAUAAUUUGCAGCCAUUUCAUCGUGGUUAUUUCCAAAACGAUGAAAGCCUGAUGUAUCCUUACAUGUCGUCCACGGUUACAAGCGCUAUGCUGUUUACUGUUGGACCUAUUGUCACAAUUUUUAUUGUAAGUUCCCUGAAGUUUUAAUCCGGCAGAUUACUGUAACCGAGCUUGUUAGGGCAUUCCAAAUUGGCUUUGGGACAAAGUAUCGGGAUAUUCCUUUAGUAAGUUUUUUUAUCGGUAACUUACCUUUAGGUCUUUCUCUGCCUUUACAAAUUUUAUUUUCUCUUUGGAUUUGGAUACGCCACAACAGCGCUGUUCGUGCAAGUUGGCAAGAUUGUAAUCGGACGAUUGAGACCUCAUUUCUUCGCCGUCUGCCGUCCAAACAUUAUUAGUCAGACGACAUAUGCCUACGUGUAUAAUUUCUCAUGCUCAGGUACGGAUGCUGAACAACUACACGAAAUGAGGUAAUUUUUUCCUGAAGAUUCUGUCCUAAUUUACUUUGCGUUAUCUAUUGAUGCCCUGAAUGAUUAUAGCACAAUAUUUAUGACGAAAACCUAGUCAGCUACCUGAUAAUUUUAACUAAUAUUAUCCAGAAGUCAUUAUUAGAACCUGUGCUAUAUUACUCUGUUAGGCAUUGCACUGACUCAAGGAUCACUAAACUUUGGUACCGUAAAGUUAUGUCGAUGUUCCGAUCAAAGCAUAUUACUUACCUGGAAAGCGGGACACUUCUAAGUGUUUUGGUUCUUUUCUGCGAAAAUCGGCAUAUAUCCGAUAAGAUAGCUGGUCGUCGACAUGCUCGAAGGUGACCUUUAUACCAUCUUGUACGAUAGAAGCAGUAACGCCAAGACGGAGAAGUUGGAUUCUGAAAAGACAAGGGAAAAAAUCGAAGCUGCUGGAAACCAACUCGUGUUUCAAUGGCGUGAAGCACAGGUUCGGUUUGUGAACUAUUCCCGUCAUUUGACACGGUGCUGACAUUUACAAUUUCCGCGAAUUCGCGACAAGGACCAUGGUCGAUCCACAUAUGAACAAGAUCUUUCUGGAGAGGAUUAUAAGCGCAUUCCUGACUGGCAAUGUUACUUUCAUCUGCAAACAUAACGCAGUUGUUUGUUAUUGGCAGAUCGUUGGAGUAUAUGAAAAAGAGCCACGACCCCAUACAGACACAUGGGACUCAUUAUCCACAUUUGAAGUCUUGUUGAGAUCCAGAAGCGGAAUUUGGACCCUUUUUACGAAUUAUUAGGGUAAGGGAUUUUGCGCUGCCUGAUCGUCGCUUGAGAAGGCCACGCAGACCUGAGAUAGUACAUUUUUGUCAGCCAAAGAGCGGCCACAAUUUUACGCCCAGUCAACUAGAUCUAGUCUGAGAUGGAGGAGCGACUAUUGCCGUCAGACAUUUCGCGUUGACACAAUUUUGCCCAAAUUCUCUGAUAUAAAGCAUCGAGCUGAUUGGAAACUAUAUAACAUCAUCGUAUUCACACCCAAUGACGGUUAUGCGUUCCCAUCAGAUCUUGGGAGUAACAGACAUGGAGAACUGCAUUAAAGCCUUACACAACAAUUUUUGAGGUCUCUUUUGCAGCAACGAUAUCCUUAGACGGUCAUCGUGUUUGUGUUCAGAUGUUUCAAACAUAAAAACGUUGCCCCGGAAAAUCCGCGUCUACAUUUACCUAUCAGAAUGAAGGCUGAAGUAGACUUCACGUGAUUAGCGUUCACGCUGAUUUAUCCCUUGCUACAACAGAAAAGUGCAACUGGGGUCGUCUUGUCGGCUUUUCCAAGCUGACUUACGCAUGAAAAAUCCCAAUGAAAGUGCCAAAAGUGGCUAAAUUAUCAAACGAGGCUCCAUUUCCCCAUAGCACAUCUAGGGUUGCUUUAGUAGCCCCUGAAUAAGGUUUAAACAGAGCAUAUUCUGAAUGGUCAAUGUUAAGGUACAUGAACCUAUGAUUGAGAAAUAGAGCAGAAUACUACGCGGUCAUCUCGCUGAAGCUGAUGUAUUUCGAUUCAACUAUACUUAUUACCUUUCGGACUGAGUCUGUAAAACAUCAUUCCGAGCGACAUACUUCGUGUUAGCGCAUUGAUUUCUAAGAAGAAUAAAAGCCAAAAUUUCAAAAUUGGAUCAUCUACCAGAAAGCACACGAAGGAAUCUGGGGGAUAUACUGAUAAGCCGGGGCCCCCGCGUCCCUGUCGCUCAGCGGUAGAAUAUCGGCGAAGCACUAGUGUCUGGGUUUUUAGGUAGUUCCUGGCUGCCGGUAUGUAAAUCAUGCAGUUUGUUCCUCAGAUUCCUUAAUGAGCUGAAAGCUGUCUCUUUUGGCCAUCCGCCACUACGUUCUUAUCUUAAUUAAGUGCCUGCAAACUCACACCUUUGACAUACGCGUAAAGAUUCUCACAAAAUCUAAUAAGUGGAUUGGAAACUCCGAUUUAGAAAGUUUUCAUUAAAAAGCAGUUAGUGGUCCUACUCUAGCAAGUGUGUGAAUGGGAUGGUAAGUUAACUGAUAAACUCCUAAUAUAUAAAAAGGCGAAAGUCUUUUAACUAAUUGAUGCAAACUCGCUUGUCACGAUCCGAUGGUUCAGGACCUUACUGCCUCGGGAACACCAUGAGAGAGUCAAGGUCUUUUCCAUGUGAUAAAGCCAUCACAGUGACAUUAAGUAAACGCACUGAGCACCCAAACUGACCUUAUUCCUUUCUUGCCUCUUGCAGAUUGUCUUUUCCGUCUGGUCAUUCUGCUUAUUCAAUGUUCCCAGCAAUUUUCAUUUGCGUGAGUGCUUCACAUGUUACUUUUUUACUGCAUUUUACCGCACAUCAAUUCCCUUAUUACCGGUGUUUUUUUCAAGUAGAUUUGUUGAUGCAGUGUAGACCAUAGAUUUGCACCAUCUCUGAAGCCGGGCAUGAUGGCAUCAUAGCAUCCGAAGGUCUACUCUGUUUCCUAUUUUAAAAACAGCCUUCGAUUUAGUUGCCAAUCUAGAAUUAUCGAACAACCCCUCUGACAUUGGGAUGCCCCAAAGUUUCCAGGAGUCAUGUGUGUGUCACGCGCAGACGAUGCCACCAGAUAUGUCAGCUAAUGCGUUUGUUCCCGGCGUCAGACAAGUGAUCGGCUCGUACAGUGGUGGGGACCUGGGAGUGGGAAUAGGGAGUGAGGCCGACACCUCAGCAGGUUUUCCUCUUUUUAAAUAAUCUGACGCGCUGGAAGAUAUCACGAAGCGCUAAAAGCCGUGGCUCGAGAGUUUACCAACUGAAGGGAUAAUCCGGUCCUCAUGGUCACUCCUGUGUGUGCAUGUGCGUCGACCGGUGGACUGAGGGUCAGACCCAGUGGUUCUUUCAUAACGGCACUCCCACUCAGAUGGAAUCUGAACCGCUCCUUUUAUGUGAAAACCGGAUGUGUGUGUGGCACGCGUAGACGGGUUGUUUAGCUUUGUGAGAGCCCGCGCCCGAGUUCGCUUCCGGUCGUUAUGACCCAGUCUUGCCACCUUGCCCCGGAGGAUGCGGGAGAAGGGGGGACGGCAGAUGGCGCGCAAGUCUGUCAUCGUUAUACACCGAUUAACGCGCAAGCCGUCAUUCUUACGCCCACCGCGCUGUGGGACACACAGUGGGCAACGUCGUUCGGGACGGUCGAACUGAACUGUCUUGUCGGGUUCCUAUGCAUAGUCUGACGGCGUUUUGCUCUCAUGAGUCGUAUGAGCUAACCAGUUAUCAAUUAGCUCCUCACACUUUCGGAUUGCAGCUAAUGAUUAUGUAGCAUAUAGUAUGCAAUGGGUAGUCAAUUCAGAGUUUGUAAAUUUGUCUUGAGAAGUUUUGCUAACUGAGGUUUCCCCAGAAACAUCAACCUGUCAUAAUUAUUUGCCACUAACCAAUAACCGACUGACCCGAUGUCUGCCUGUUCGUCCCAUGAGAACCUGAACAGGGAUACCACCGAGGGUAGGACGUGCACUGCCAUACGUUAGGGACCGCUGAACCCACAGCUACAGGAGUAGGUUUUGGAAUUGCACACCGGCACAAAAGCUACCAUUCACAGCAUGGUCAUGAAAAUCAAGGACUGAUUAUGCUUCAGAGAGCAGUUUGGUGUAGUGUAUUAUAUCCAGUAACAAGACUGUCUUCAUAACUACACACGUCGGACUUAACGCAUGCUCGGGCUGCGUAUACACGAACAUAAAGUGGCGUUGACGAAGUGACGAAUUAUCACGAGUGGCUGCCCGUACCUUCUAAAAGGAUGACGAGUUCAACUUCACAGUCGCCAAGAUAUUUGUCCAGGCCGGAAGAAAGACGAGUGGGAAAUCUAUUGAAGCUUAGGUCUCGGAUGAGAGCUCGGUCGAUCGGCCUACUGAUCUGCCGCCCGCAUACAGAGCCCUGCGCAGUCACCUCCGGGCCUGCGUCAUUCGCUGCUGAUCGGCUGAUGACCUCUGUAACCCACUUGCUCUGUUGCUGCCGUCAUAUGUGGCAAUGGACUCCCGUAGGCGUCCGAAAGCUCAGGAAAAUAAAUAAAUGGUUCCGAGGCUAGGUCAGUAUCCAUAUUUAUUCGCAAAUCGAACGUUCGCCUCCACUCAUAAGAAGUCUGCCUUUACUCGACGAAGUAAUUCACAGGAUGCAAAUUCUACAACUUGCGAAUGCAGCUCAUUAGACAAGACAAGAUGUGCUGUAGGCAUUGUAUUUGAAAGAGACACACAUUUCUUUGUUGACGUGAAAAAGCUUCACUCAUAAAUGCACUUUUGCUCGAAGUUCCGUAUUUGGACUCAAAUCCGUCGCCAGAGACGACUGUCCUAACGUCGGACAGGUCUCGCGUACGUCACCACCAAGUAUGGUCACCGGGCCACCGCGUCACAUUAGCUGUCAUCGCUUUUCGAGUUCAUGUUGUGUGCAGGUGCUAGAAUUAAGUGUAAAUCCAAGAAGUAGAACGAAUUUUCCCCGUGUUUACUCGAAUCCGCCUUAUACCUCCGAAUGUCUCCUCACAGGUGUAUCCAGGCUGUAUCUAGCACUUCCCGGAAACAGAUACAAUGUACUAUGCCCUAAAAUUGACAGUAUCUAAACUACGAGUAUACCUUCCUUUGAAUUUUGAAUUCCCCAAGCGUGUUCUCACUCCUAACGGCGAUAAUAAAUAAAAUUAAGUCAGUCAUUUCACUUUCGUAGUCAUCUAAAACUAGCUGCAAGAUAGAUGCAACUUAAAUUAAUCUUAUUUCAGAUGGACUCACCAUUGACGUUUCAAGAGGUUCUCAAUGGAAAGCUCGCGUGUUAAAUGUUGUUUCGGACAUUUUAGCCUUGCAACCCCACUAAAUUGAUUCCUUCAUUUCAAACUACAGGGCAAAUGUUCACCUUAUGUUUCCGUACCGUCAGGGUGCUGUUGAGUUUUUUUUGCCGAAAUGCUGUCUUGACGUUUUAGGACUUUUUGUGUUGCAAGACACUGCCAUAGAAGCAGCUGCUUUUCUUCCCAUAUAAAAACCAUUUUUCACGAAAAGGUAGGUGGCUUGCGAGUCACUCCACCACACAAAAAUAUAAUCACUUUGGGGUAGGACAAGGGAAUAGGUAGCCUUGUGCCAAAUUCCAGGGGUAUCUGGGUUAGGGUUAAGGUAGGGUCCGGGUCGAGUUUAGGGUUAGGAUUAAGGUACCCUUCAUUGAAUUAAACGCUCAGCUACCUGUAUUACGGGGAAGGCGUUUCUUUCUCCGUGUCCAGCCCAUUAUUUUUCCAAUUGGUUUUUCAUCUUUGUCGUAUAAAGUUCAGAAUACUGAAAUUCGUUCCGUGCAGGGAAAAUGAUCCCAUGUAAAUUGCCUUCAUUUUACGCUUUUCAGGCAGCCUUUUUACGGCACCUUCUCCACUUGAAAUUCUUAGCACGUUUGACUCCAGCACGUGAAUAUCUCUCCUUGUGGUAGGGGGCGCUCACCGAUGGUUCUUACGGAACUCACUCGUUCCGUCGUGUCCUUAGACUGCCUAAUUGUCGCGGGUUUCGUGACAUUUAUCUGACGGACUGUACAUCUGAGUAACUGCAUCAUGCCUUUGACCAUAUGAAGAGUUGUUUGGCCCUGCUGUCAUCAUGUCUCAGGCCUGUUCUUCACGUCAAAUCGCACAGAAUUUUCCAGCAUAGUUUGCUAUCGGUUACCGGCCACCGUAAUCGUAUUGCCUUCUUCAAUCUGAAGAAUGUAGGGCCCGAUUAUCAAACCUUGACACUGAGUGGGUGCUGUUUUUGUCUGUGGAUGACCCUUACAUCAUUCGUGCCCAAAAAUCUAGCCUUCUGCUUUUCCUCUGAUCCAUUCGGAGAAAAGUACACUUCGUCAUCCAUAAGCAGAUUAAGAGAUCAGCUAUAGUCUUAUUUGGACUUGCGUUGAAUCCCAAGUACAUAGUUUAUUCGUUGCCUUAUUUAGUGUAGGAAUUGCACUUUGCAUGGAUACAUAUACGAAUGGAUCUGCUGCACUGAAACGAAGUUCACGAGGUUCCAAGCUUGCGAGAGCGUCUCCGAGCAGACGUUUCCCGGCUCUCCCUGUAUUCUUUGUUGCACACUUUCGGAAUAUUCUAGCGUACGCACUGAAACUGAUCGCCCCCGGCUUGUGGCAGAUAACUGACAAACCCCUGUUUCUAAAGACGCGAAAUCACGUGGUGUGUCGUUGCGUCCGUGGGCGGAUUCCUGCCGCGAUAAUAACGUAUGUGUGCUCUCUACGUUAGAAGGAUGCAGUGGUGAUUUUCGAAGUGAAACGCAGUGAUUUCUGCGCGUUGCUCGCUUGUGAAUUUUCCUGCAACAGGAAACAGCUUUUCAAAUCCAAAACCAGAGCCAAACAGGUUAAUAGGAGUAAGGAUGUUGAAUUUUUAGUCGGGGAAACUACUUGUGCUCCACCCUGUAUUCACGCCACUUGUCUGGCCGGUAUAAGAGUCUUCUGCGUUGAUCGCUGUUUUUUUUUCAUCGAAAGCGCAUGUUGUAAGAGCUUCAUUCCAUGUAUUCAUUAGUUUGGGGCCGAAAAUCUUGUCAGCAUACUCACAGCACAGGUAAUUCGUCCUGCGGUUCCGAUGACCAUCGCCAGUGCCCUCUAGGCACCUUGGUUAUUAAUGUGUGCAGUGGUUCAAGGUGAAGGGCACUGGCUUUGCCACUGCUUCACUCCCAUCCUAUACUCAAAAUAUUCCGAUUGGAAAGAUGACUGGAGAUGAAUGUGGAAAUGGUCGCCAUGGCACACGUUUGUUGCCAUGCGCUUUUGCACGAACCGGACGAUGAACUUGUUAUCGCAUCAGUUGGCGGCGACGCCUGUCGUGGGUCUGUUAUACGCAGGAAUUAAAGGCGGGGUCGACUACACCUCCUCUCUCUCCACUCAUGUGCCAGUGAAAGCUGAAAUCACACGGAUUGAACGUGAGCUCAUCUACGCGUACCAAACACGUGCUGGUCUCCUGUUUCACACGAACCGGGCUUUGCCAGCUCGGAUAUCAGUGAUGUCAGUUGUUGUAGAGACCGUUUCAGUCGGGCCAUCUGUGCAGGACGGCUUCGCUAGUAGACAGCUUUCUAAGUCACGACUUUUACCUCAUCCUGUUAACCAAAAGUGCGUUAGAUAGAUGUGUGCAAAGAGAGUACACAGAGGACCAGCAUCGGUUCCUCUUCCCUUUCCUAUUACCCACUGUUUGCAACUCCAAGCCAUGUUGACUGGGACCGCAUUCCGGGGCUGCAGCCGACAUAACCUACAUCCCCGUGAGGUCCCUUUUAGGGCCUCAGAGUGCAACGUAAUCCGCACCAAUUUUCUCCCGCGGCGUUAAACAACCGCACUUGUUGAGACCGCCAGUGUUCUUCUAGCGUCUUUCUGGUAUUGCCCCAGCUGACCUAGACAGAGUUGUAUUUUGUUUAUAAAUAUUUGCUGAAGGAACGGGGACAAAGUCCUCAGUCCAUGUCAACGCUUAUGGCAAACUGCCAUAAACACUGAAGCAAUUAGCAAAGUAGACAAGAUAAAAGUCCACUUUAGUUUUCUUAAAGGCACGGUAGCGAUAGCUGGCCAUGCAUGGAAGGGCGCAACGACCUUCUCGCGUGCAAUGUUCAAUCGGACCGCUUGCGAGUAAUAUACGCCACCUUUCAACCACUUUAUUGCACUCACACGCUUGCCUACCGUCCGUCUCACGCAAUGCGAAAGUCAUCGGCUGCUAUGUGACUGAGAUGUCCCCGAAGUCGGCUGUAAACUUUGUAGGACUCACUGGAGUAUUGUCUAGAAUGCCUGACAGCAUGUCUUUAAGUAGCGAUAAGCAAUACUGCAAAACAUGGAACGUAAUACCAUACCCGCACAUUGUCUUUACUUAAAAUUAUUGUUAGCUAUAUUCGGUAGGCUGGCUGUUUCUUUUGGGUGUUCCGGCCAAGUGGACACCUUCCCAAAAAGACAAGGUCUCCUUGUUUUUGUUGUUUGAUAGAACAUAUAUCUCUUCUCACAAGUGUCCUUUAAGACCGUAGAAUUUCCACGUGCUUGUGUACCCAAUUAAUCACAGGUUUGUGGUUUAACGCAUUACACCUUUGCUUGUGUUUUGAAGCUUCCGACCUGUUUGCCCCGCAUUAUUUUUCAUGCUGCAAUGUGAAGACAUUCCCAGGCUUGUCGAAUACCAGAAGAUUCCCAGGGUAAUUAGAUACUUAUGUAGACCUGCAGAGAUGAGCCACCAACGCACAUUCAAGCUGUCGUCCCAAAAGAUAUCGGAAAUCCACUUUUUCCAGAAUGAAACAUUGUUUUCCUACAAGCUUUGACAGUAGAAGGCAUGCUUUUGUUUAACUACUUCUGCGAAAACAUAUUGCAUAGCCGCAAACGACAGUUUAAAAAUGUAAUUGGUAAAUUUUCGGAAGUGAAUUUUACAGUGGGAGCUGCGAAGGUUCUAACUGAAAAUUCAACAUGUCGGUGCGUGACCGUAGGCCUCAGAUUCCAUUCUGCCCAUCUCAUUAUUGAAACUUCACCGAAGUAACCCACCCGUUACCAAAGUAACUAUAUCAAGCACUUCGCUUUUGCGGAGAUUCAGCAUACACCUCAGGCGAUAGCACUCUUCCUCUCUCUCUCACACACACAAUCCCCUCACCGUACUGCGUUACCUACGUUUACUUGCAAGUCCGUUUGUGCCGUGGAGGGGGCGUGAGUCCACCGUUGCGAUCUUCCGCACGCAAGGACGUACGGGGGUUGCUCUAGGCAUGCCUGUUUGCUGCGGCGCACGCCUGUCAUACAUUCCGUUUUAAUGGUUUGCGUGGGUGGUUCACGCGACACACACGACAGUUCGUCCGUCGAUUUCGACGAUGACCACCGUGUGCCCCACAGCUGCAGCAGCGGUGGGAGCAGGGACGGUGACUUGCGCAGGGGUUUAUAGUGCCGGUAGACUUGCGUAGCAUCUACCUACACUCUCUCCUCCUCCCCCGCCUGGGCCCGGUGUCAAGACAGAGUCAAGAAGACCGGAGACGAGGGAGGCCGCAGGUGGAUGGCUCGGACGGAUCCUCACCUUGGCGUUCCACCACACCCCCUGGUCCACACAACAAUAACCAGGAUUUCAACCAACACAACAGAGAUUUGGAGGCUGGCACGGCCGAAGCCGCACCUGGGCGUGCCGCCAACGCCUGGCUCGGAUCCCACACUGUGGUGGGAAUGCCAUAAAGGCCACAUUAAAAAGGAGCCAUUGCAGCCUGACUCUCAGACCGCCUCCCGUUAAGGAGGAGGUCCAAGGUACCCCGUCAGUUGGCAACCUUCCAAGCCACGGCUUUUAGCGCACCGUGAUAGCUUCAAGCGCGUCAGAUUGAUUAUAGUGAGGAAAAUGCGCUGAGUCGUCGACCUCACUCUCCCUUCCCAUUCCCACACCCCAGCCACUGUCCGAGCCGGUCAGUAGACUGGAGUGGGGAAUGGGCGCGGUGGCUGACAUGGUCGACUGACCAUGCCUGCGCGCGCCACAGCACGACCUGGCCCCCCCAUACACACAAACACCAGGAUUUCACACAACGGGGGCAGAACGGCGUGUCUCCCACUUGCGUGAGAGGGCCGUGGAAGGUGCUGCUUCAGCCCGUCCCCAGCCCACCAUUCCGCCACUACACACAGCACACACACACAGCGUGACGAACUGCGUGAACCGAGAGCGGGCCUCAAUCAGCAACCUUCCUAUCCACGACGCUUGACGUGUCGGGAUAGUCUCGGACACAAGUCACCCGUGCAGCCGAAGCCGCAUGGGGACCGAGUCGAGAUGCACACUUCCCACUUGCGUGGGAGGCGGCAGUGGAGUGCAUGAGGUGUGUGAGGGUUGAUGUCUGGUGGGGUGAUGGUGUUAGGAGGUAGGGAGUGAGGGAAUGUGUGGUGUGACCGGCGGUUGUCUACCGCAGGUCGUCGUGGAUGCGCAUGUGGCCGAAUAGACCCAUGCGAUGCGUGAAGGUGCGAGGGCAGUGUGGGCAGUGGAGGCGAGUGCGGUGGGUGUAGGUUGGUGCUCCAGGCACUGGUUCGCCAGUCUCUGUGCGAUGGAUUCGCAAGUGACCGACCAGGCCGAUGCGUGACGUGAAGGUGCGUGGGCAAUGUGGGCAUGAGAGGUUGGCGGUGUCGGUGUCAGCUGUAGAGGAAGCAGUGGUGUUGGUGGUGGCGGUGGUGGUGGUCGGCGCGUGUGAUGGUGGGGCGAGGAUGGGUCUGGGCGUGUUGGAUGUCGUGGCUGUAUCGGAAUUGCGGUCAAUGCCGCUCUCGUGGAUGCGCAUGUGGCCGAAUAGACCCAUGCGAUGCGUGAAGGUGCGAGGGCAGUGUGGGCAGUGGAGGCGAGUGCGGUGGGUGUAGGUUGGUGNCAGUGAGGGCAGAUGUAGCCCUGGCCCUCACGUCGGAUGAUGGAGGUUGCAGGGGUUGUGCCUGUUGUUGUGUCAGGUUCGGCUGCGGUGAGGUCGUGGGCGACAGACGCCGAAGCGGCCGUCGUUGUGGCAGUGAAGGAGGAAGAGGAGGAGGAAGGGGAGGAGUGGGGGGUGGUAAGGUCGGUGGCGUCGAUGUCGGCUGUGGAGUGGUUAGUGGGUGCACAAGGUGGUGGAUUGGGAGUGGGACUCGGCGGGGUGGAUGUGUCAAGGCUGCGGUCAAUUCCGCUCUCGUGGAUGCGCAUGUGACCGAAUAGACCCAUGCGAUGAGUGAAGGUGCGAGGGCAGUGUGGGCAGUGGAGGCGAGUGCGGUGGGUGUAGGUUGGUGCUCCAGGCACUGGUUCACCAGUCUCUGUGCGAUGGAUUCGCAAGUGACCGACCAGGCCGAUGCGAGAGGUGAAGGUGCGGUCACAGUGAGGGCAGGUGUAGUCCUGAUCCUCAUCACUGGAAUCGGGAGAGGUGGGAGAGGUGAUGUUGGUUGGUGUGUUGGUGUUGGUGAUGUGUGAGACAGCAGUCUGAACGGCCGCCGCUGGGGCAGUAGAGAGGGAGGAGGACGACGAGGACGAGGAGGAUGGAAUUGGUGGUGCAGAAGGAGUGUCAGAGUUAGUUGGCGGAAGAGAGGAGGAAGAGGCGGGCGGGGGGACGAUGGCUGGAGCAGUUCGAGAGGUGCAGUUGGUUCGGAGAUGUCCAACAAGUCCGAUUCGUGCCCGGAAUGUCCGUUGACAUCGAGGACACGUUGGGAGAGGUUGUGCGGCGGCGUUGCGGACUGGGNCACGGCCAGCCUACAGACAGCGUGGUUCCCAGCGAUCUUUAGGGCACCUUUUCUAGCCCCCUCCCCCUCGCGGGGGCAGGCAACGCAUCCCUGAACAGGGCUGCCCGGUUAUCCCAGACGGCUGCCGGACUCCACUAUGGGUCACGACUUUUUGUUAGUGAGAGAACGACCCGAAUUAGCCUGGGACCUUGGUGGUGAGGUGAUGAUGUGAUGGAGUGAAGUAGGAGAGAGCAUGCACACUACCUAACGCUAUGGGACUUAGAACUAGAGUGGACAAGCGGACACAGUCACCAGUCAGAGAAAAAGUGAGGGCACCACAGAAAGUCAAGCACCGUAACACCUAGCUAUUAGUAGAGAGUAGCAUAGACUGACGGACAGACAGUCGCAGCAGGCAUCGAGGGUGUCGUUUAGCUAUUAACAGACAGACUAGCAUAUAAAGGGCAGGCAGCAAGCGCAGCGUACGACGCGGAACUUCAACAAACAAAAGGAAGAAACGAAGCAAGCGCACUUACCUGAGGGGAAACUUACCUGGUGGCCGCCUGCGAUGGUCCAGGCAGAGCCUCGUCUCGACGAUGUCGACGCGAAGAUCCAUCCGGCCAGCGCAGACCACAGUACCGCGCGUGCAGGUGCACGCACGGAUACCCUCACCUGGUUUAGCCCGCCGGUCGAGACGGUUGCCCGGGGUGUGGCCGCUGAGCAGAGCCCAGCUACGUGGAGCCACAGGUGAGAGUUAGGUGCCAGCAAAUGGACGCUAGGCGUAGUCUCACCUGCAAGCAAGUGAGCGACCACUACGACCAUCACGUGGACCCACCGCUGACACCCCUACACCCCCGCGACACACAUACACACACAAACACUCACACGUACCUGGUUAGAGAAUUUGUCGUACGGUCGCGUGCCUUAGCAGCGCACAUAAGCGGGUUAAUUUAAUUCUUAUAUUAGCAUGUGUGUGUGUGUGUUGUGCCCCCCAAACGGGCCACGUCUUCGAUGUACUGGACAACACGGAGGCCAUAUCAGAUUCUGGCAGGCGUUAUCGGAAUGCUCACUAUAUCAAAUGCCAACUUUUCGGGAGGGGGAGGGGGCUGCGAUGGCUGACCGAAUUGCCGGCAUUGGUGGCGCACAUUGUUGUUGGUUGAAAUCUUGGUCAUUUGCUGUGUUUACCAGGGAGUGCGGAGUGGGACGCCAAGGUGCGGGCUCGACUGUGCAAACCGCCUGAGCCAUCCCCGCCACAGGUCUUCUUGGCUCUGUCUUGACACGGGGGUCCAGGUGGGGAGGGGAGAGUGCGGCAGGCGCUUCGCAAGUGCACUGUUACUAUAAACUAAUCCACGCAUUAGUCACCAUGCCUGCUGCACUUUGCCGUGUAUCGGACGGUGGACGUCGCCGGAAAUGACGAUCAAACCGUCGUGUGUGUAUAGGUGUAAGCUGUGACAGUAGGAUACGAAGACUGUUCUGCGUCCUCUUCCACCUUCAUCGUGUCCUCGACCGUCAGCUUGGUGUCUGAGGUCUAAGAGGCUUUACGUGUUACGUGAUAUGAUAUGCUUGAACCUCGGGCCGUUGUUAUAGCUCCUCUCGAACACCGUUGACCCUGGACAAAUCCAACUGAACAGCGCAGGUGUUAGACCUCCAAAUGGGGAAAAAAUCGACCAAACAUUGGCCAGCGAGGUGACCGUUGUGUGUUAGAACGGCCUGACGGAGGCAUAGUCCCCUGUAGCUCCUGUAUUCGAAACCGGACAUCACCGCCCUCUCAUCCGGCAUAUUCGAAAUUCCAGCAUUGUGCAGUGGAUAAGGCAUUAUUGAAUGGCUAACAGCAUUCAUCAUGUCGUACUACUGUUGUGCCUUGUGACUUCUGUAUGACACUCCCUUCAUCAGACUGGUCCCCGGCCACGCCUCCGCGUGGUCGUUUACUGCAUAUUUUUGGGCCCCCUUUUUCGUGACCAAUCUUCGACUAGGAUCGCUCUGCUGUUCGCCGUCCACUGUCCUGGCGGCCGAGCUAACGCACGUGCUCAAUUUUCCCAUACAUUCUGACCCCAGUUAAUUUGCGUGUUAUGACUCCGCUCUCAGUGUUUUCUGUAGAUAUGAUUGGUUUGCUAGUACCCGCGUUUUACGAUGCUGCUCGUCUGAACUGAUCCGGCCAACAUUAUGCGGCAGUCUAACAGUAUCUCCAAUGCCCUCCUUUUUGCAGUUUGUCAGUGUCCCUUGAUGUUCCCGUGCCGCAUUGCUUCUUUAGAUUGCCACCUCUCAGAAGAAUCUGUUCUUAAAAUCUAAAAUCAGUCAUUGAUGCAUGUGAGAAGGCAAGUUUCUGGGAGAGGACAUUUUACACCCUUACAUUAGAGGCAGAAAUAGAUGAAUAUGCAGAAUGGUAUUACCGACAAAGACGAGAGAGACUGAAAUGGCCAUUUCUGUCUUAUUAGACGUCGUUGGCCAGUGGUCCCCAACCCCGAAGUGUGGAACACCCGAGGCUCGAACUCGCGACCUGGUAAUUAGAAGUCCAACGCCUCUAACCACUGGGCCCCGGGCACACUGUCGUGUCGGUUGCGAUCGGGAAUAUAAAAUGGUAGCGAGGGGCUCACCGAUCGUUUCUACGGAAUUCACUCGUCCCGUUGUGCCUUUAGGCUCUCUCUCGAGUCCAACAAAGGCACAACGGGACGAGUGAGUUCCCGGCGAGCGCCCCUCUACCUGAGAUGAAUUCUGUAGGCACAUAGCGGGACGCAACACUUAGAGGAAGUGGCUGUUGUGCUUCCUCAGGCCCAGUAAUAGUCAGCCCACGCCGGAAUCACUGAUUUCAAUGUGGUGGGCAGAAAUUACAAGAAAUGAUGGGAAGAUCAGAAAUCAAAUCUCCGUCUGAGCUAGCUGUUUGAGGCUCUGUACACUAAGGAAGUCCAGCCUCUUUUGAUUCUAGAAGGCGCGUUUGACGAACACUGAGCCCAAUGUUGCAGCUACAGUGACCUUUUGCUCGCCGCUUUACUUGAUUGUGUCUCCCCUCUCCCCCGCCCUCCACAACCCACAGCUCUACCUCUACUACCGAAUGCCGAGAAUCGGAGUCGGCUCUGUCCUGCAGGCCUUCAUACAAGUUACAGCCUUCUCUCUUGCCUUCUAUGUCGGUCUGAGUCGGGUCUCUGAUUACAAGCACCACUGGAGUGACGUCCUGGCCGGCAUGAUUAUCGGCGCCGCGGUGGCCAUCUUUACGGUGAGUUUAAACUGUCUGUUGGUACUUCGAUUAGGUGAUUCUCAUGACCAUCUCUUCGUGGGUCAACAUUCGGGGUUUUGCGGCGGAUUCAGCGCCAAUUGGGAUGCGAGCCGUUCCCCGUUUAUUGUAUGUAAAGUCCGGCUCAGUGUGCGUUGCACAUCAGGGAGUGUGGUGGUACGCAUAAGUACGGAUUUUCGUUGUGUAGGUUACCUGCGCCCUCUCCCGCCUCCGGUAUUCUUGACACUGUACUAACACCAAAUCCAGCUGGGGGAGGCGGAGAGAGUACGGGGGAUGCUGCUCAAGUCUGCUGUUACUGUAAAAUAAUCCACGCGCAACUCCCCACCCCUGCAUUCAUCCUGCUGCAGAGUACAUGCUGUGAACAUCGUCGAUCACGACAGUGGAACUGUCGCGCGUGUGGAUGUUCGGUUGCGUAUAUGUAUUCUGGCCUGGUCUGCGUAGACGUUUACUUACGUGCGUGUAAAACCUUUGAAGGCAGGCGCUAUGUCGGUCAGCGUGUCCAGUCUCACCAACUACUAGUUAACAUGUCGGGAGACGGAGGGAGAAUAAGGUUGUUGUUGAACAGGAAUGCAUCAUUACGGCACCUGGUUCCUUCGUUAUGUGACCUUUAGGAUAGUUCACACUUCUGGCAUCCGAACCUGUAAAUGACACGCGUUAGACACCGGUUCCGCGCCAUGUUGACCAUGGCGUCGGUCUACCUGAGUCGAACAAGUUGUUUGUACCUGGGAGAGAAAAGAUAGCGUGAGGUCGAUACUGCGGAGAAGGACUUCAUCCUUAUGGCAUAUCAGUGCAUUCCUCACUACAAUGUGACCCGCUUGAACCUAUCACGACAUGCUAAUGAUCGUGGCUUAUAACUCGUGUUCCUAAGGCCUGAAGGUCGGAUUGUAAUAGCCCACCCCCCUUCGGGGGGCGGUCUUUAUGACACCCACCUGUGUGGCGUGCAAGAUUCUCCUGAAUGAAACCUAGCACACGUCGAUGUUGGAACCGGGUCUUGUGUCGUGCGUGCAAAUCGCCUGUUUGGUCUUGCCAGUCCCUCCGCCCACGCUCACCUCUGUUCCAGCUUAGUCUUGCAAUGGGCACGCGAUGCGUGUUGGGGAGGGAAGAGAGAGGGCGUGAAAUAGGUGCAGCGAAAGUGCUCCACCGUGAAAAUCUUUUCUGCAACCACAUCGGGUAACGACAGUGAUAAAUCGGAUUGACGAUGACAAUGUUAGUCUGGGUGUUUUAAUAGUAAUGUAUUUAACGUCGGUUUUAAUGCUAUUGUACCUUACUUUUACCUCGAAUUUAUUAUUCGAUCCUUCCUAUGAGGCCUGCCCUGGACAAUCCUAACUACCUUAAAAUUCGUGAAAUCCUAAAAUCGGCUCGCUGAUAUUCCUGAUUGAAAUUAAUAAUUUCUGUAGACAGAAGAAAAAAUUUGACAACAGCUGGACAGUUCAUAUUGACCCAACUGUGAAAAACUCGGCGCCUCGGUGGGAUUCGAACCCACACAAUAAGGAGAAGGCUUUAGUACAGCCAACGGGUUAACGGACGGGUAAACUUGACCCAAAUGUGAUUAAACUCGAGUCGUCCGGCGGGGCCUCGUAGCUCAAGUGGUUAGAGCGUUGGCUGUGCUAAUGCCUUCUCCUUACUGCGUGGGUUCGAAUAAAUUAUUCAAAAUCUGCCAAAAUACCUAUGAACAACUGGACAGUAGAUACCCUCAGAAUAAGACGUUCGCACUGCAAAGGCGAACUCAGUACUGCUGUUUUUCUCGGGAUUCUGAGAGUUGUUUUCGAUUGCAAGAGAUUACUUAGACAGAGUGGUAAUACUAGUCAUAGUGCUGCGUAAUCCUUAAAUGUUUCGGCCACAUCAGGGUGCCUUCUUUUGAGCGCGCCUUCCGACUACUCACCGAAACUACAUUCUGUUAAAAAUGGCUACUUUCUUAGCACGAAUUUUCCCAUUAACUUUCAAAGUCCUGAUGAAUUCAGAUAUUUAAAAAAGCAUGCAUGAAAAUGUUCUUUUUGUGCUCAUUUGGCGACGACUUGCUUCUUCUUCUUAAAAUUUUAUGCUUGACGAAAGAGUAUCUUCCGGUUCUCAAGAUCAUUUUUGAUCUCAAAAAAAUUUGAACCCGACCUGCCGUUGCACCUACAUUCAGGGUUUCCAAACUACAAUCCGUAUAUAUUCCACAGAGUUUUGCAGUGGAUGUGAACCAUGUUGUAUACCUUACAAGCAGCAUUAAUGCACAGAUACGAUGUUUUAUGAAUGGACAUUUCAGGGUCAUAGUAAUCUCAAAGUUUAAAACUUUUUAGAAACCCACUGAUACUCUUUCCUCAAGUAAAAUAUUAGGAGAAAACGUAAUUCUCUACCAAAUGAUUAUAGGAUAGAAUAUUUUCGAGCAUGUUAUUACUAAAUAUAUUCAAAUUUGUAGGGGCACAGAAAAUCAAGGGAAAAUUCCAUACUACUGAAGUGGUCAUUUUUUACAGCGUGGUUUUGGAAGACCCCUGUGAAUAAGCCCCUUCGAAAGUCGACAUCCUGACGUGACUGAAACAUCUGCUGCACAGUAAUUAGUGUUGAAAUCCUAACUAGGUAGUAUUUUGUAAUCGAAAAAUCAUUUUAGAAUGUCAGUUAACAUUUUAUGAGAUACUUUACCUGCACAGACGUACGAUAAAUUAACUUCCAGAAGUGUGUCUUGCAUAUAGUUUGGUAAACGAAACUUAACAUUUUCCUCUAAUUCUGAAGUCGUUGGAAAGGCGAAAGUAAAUUCUAUGAAGGCGUGCUAUGUCCAUUCAUAUAACAUUUCACUUGCAUGUUAAUUAAUGCUCCUCCUGAAGCAUCCAUUGCAAGAUUUUAUAAACUCCACUCGGUAUCUUCCCAAAGUCAUAUGAUUUUUCUUACGUGGAAAGUAUUCACCUUGUAGACUGGAAUCGCUAAGCGUCGGUGCAACGGCCGAUUGGGCUCAAAAUUGCAACCAACCGAGCAAAAGAGAGCAUUUUUCUUGCCUGUUCUAUGAAAUUUAUUUUAAUGUAUGAGGCUAUUGAGAAUCAAUGUGGAAAAUGCAUACUAUUUAAGUAGCCGUUUUUACCGAAUGCGGUCUUUCCAGGAGGUCCAAAAGAAGUGCAUUUAAAAGCCAAAUAUCCUGGCAAGUCCGAAAUAUCACGGGAUUAUGCCUCAUGAUAAUUAAUAUUACAACCCCACCUAAGUAGUCCUUCCUAAUCGAAUAGGUAUCCAGUAUUUCGGCCAACAUUUCAUGAGAUCGGUCACUGAAUGUGUUGUGAGGGUCUAUGCUUGUUCUCUCCUAUGCGCAAUCUAUACAUUAUUAGAAGACCAGUUUGCGAAAAGUAAACGUCUUCCAAUCCAGUCUCUGGAAAGGAACGAACUGAACCCAUUAUAAGGCUCAUUUCAGGCCGUUAUACUCGUGAAAAUAUAUAGUUUCUCUGAAUACUCCCACGUCCCUUUCACUUGAACCGUUUAUUGGCGUACUAUUUACGCCUACUGACGGUUAACGUAGUCCCAUGUAUACCAGAGAUUUCGGUUUGCGGAUCACGUGAACACGUGUGCACUUACUCAAAGUCACUUCUAAUGGUGUCCUCGCAGGCGACUAGUUUCAUGAGCAUCGUAAGUGGCGUAGCCGAAAUUCUGAAGUGGGACCUAGGUUAAAAACCAAAUCACAUUUCAGCUAUUUCACUUUCUCCAGAAUGCGGCAUUUGAUUGCGUGUCUUUCCUGUCGUUUAUUGUACUCGUUUUUUAAGCAGCUUUCGCCUUCUGCAAGGUUUAUGCGCAAAAAGAAUGAUCUUCAGGUAAAAAGGCUUGACAUUGUGGUAUUUUUAAGAUUGCGGAAGGUCUUCUCGACUAUCAUAGUGCCUGUCCGUUUAUUGAAUCCUUCGGCAAGAUCUUAUUUCGUAGCCGUACCUGUUAGGGGCUAGGGUUAGUGGUUAUGGGUUGGGGUUAGGGUUAAACCCCCCAUUACCACUGUCCCCGUAUGACAGGCGGCUGGGGCUUGUCUACUACAGGUACGGCUACGAAAUAAGAUCCGACCGAACCUUAUGGAUUACACAACGUGGUCCAUAUUCAUUGCAAGCUUUUAUAAGUCCUGUAUGAUAUCCUCGUAUGACUUUUCCUAAGCGGAAAGUAUACAGUUUGUAGUUUGCGAACCCUAGACGCUCGUGCGACGACGAGUCGGGUUCAGACCCAUUUGGGAAUUGAAAAAUUUUUUAAAACUAAGAUAACCUUGCCUCGAGUAUUUAAUCUGUUACUAAGUGAGUCCGACAGAACACAUCCUUUUGUCCGUUUUCGGCAAAGUCUGUCUGGACUUAUUAGGACAUCGAUAAUCCGGCUGAACUAAAUUAUUCUACUUACAGUAAGUGACCGAUCUCGUGAAAUUUUGGCUGGAAUUCUGAAAUGUGUUUUCGAUUGGGAAGAAUUACUUAGGCGCGGUUGUAAUUUUGAUUAUCUUGCGACAUAAUCCUAUGCUAUUUCGGAGUCGGCAGGAUGUCAGCUUUUGAAUGCACUGCUGUUUAAUCUUUUGUAGAAACUGUACUUGGAAAGGAAUGACUACUCAGGUAGCAUGCAUUUUUCGCAUUGAUUUUCAAUGAUCUUGCAAAUUCAACCAUAUUUUAUAGAAACCACGAUCAAAAAUAUUCUUUCUUUCACUCGUUUGAUAGAAAACCACGUCAUCUUCAUAUUUAAUACUCGAAGAAGGAGUAUAAUUAGGUUUUAAAAAGUUUUCUAAGUCCCGAAUAAUUUGGAGCCUGAUCAGCCGUUGCAUUAGCUCCUUGUGAUUUCAGUGUACAAGGUGUAUGCGCUCCGUGUAAAGAAAAUAGCAUAUUCUUCUAUGCCUUUUAAAAGAUACCAUAUAGAGUCCAUAAAAUUUUGCAAUGGAUGCGGACCAUGUACGUUUCAUGAGAAGCAGUGGUAGACGGACAGGUACGAUGCUGUAUGAAUGUACAUUGCACGGUCUUAAAAAUCUCAUAAUUAAAAACUCUUUUAAAACCUAAUUAUGCUCCUUCUUCGAGUAUUAAAUGUGAAGAUGACGUGGUUUUCUAUCAAACGAGUGAAAGAAAGAAUAUUUUGUAUCGUGGUUUCUAUAAAAUAUGGUUGAAUUUGCAAGACCAUUGAAAAUCAUUGUGAAAAUGCAUGCUACCUAGGUAGUAAUUUCUUUCCAAGUACAGUUUGUACAAUGCAUUAAAAAGCAGUGCUUUCAGAAGCGGACAUCCUGCCGAGUCCGAAAUAGUAUAGGAUUAUGUCGUGAGAUAAUCAACAUAACAACCGCGCCUAAGUAAUCCUUCCCAAUUGAAAACGCAUUUCAGAAUUCGAGCCAACAUUUCAUGAGAUCGGUCGCUCACUGUGUGUAUUCAUUUUUCAGUGAGUGUGAUUUUUGCUGGCGGCCGGAAAGAAGCGCAUUCAAAUUCUAGAGCCACCUAUCGUAACUGGGAAGGGAUAAGACUCAACUAUCGACCUGCGAUUUUCCUAGGGGCCUCGAAAAAUAAUGACAAAGGGUUUUGUCAGCAGCCUAAGCCUUGCGUUUUCGUCACACACAUUCCCUUCUCGACUAUAUCGUCUAACCUGCGUGCUUACUGCAUUCAACCUGUUUUUCCCCAUAGGUGGUCUUUGCAUCCGAUGUGAACGAGUUCGAAUCCUUCGAGUCGUACGCCGACGAGCGUGAGCUGGUAUCCCUGGUGAACCCUCGUCCAAAAGCCUCCGCUUCGAGCCCCUCGUAA